AUGAACCUCACGGACCUGAGCACGGGCAGCAAGCCCAUGAGUUCAAAGGAGUUAAUCGACAAGGCAAAACAAUUCGAAUGGAAUCCGCGCAUCAGCUUCAAGUACUGGGCGCGGGCAGCCGAGACCAUUCAUCAUGAGGGUCAAGUUUACCUGCGCGAAGGGAACAUUCCCCAGGCGUACUUAGUCCUCUUCCGCUACUCCACCCUUGUCCUCGAGUACCUCGUCAAGCAUCCACAAGCCAAGGAGCCGGAAGCUAGAAAGGCAAUCAAGCCACUCCAGAAGCGCAUGCCCCGCGUCAUAGAGACACUCGAAACGUUGCGGCCCGAGAUCGAUCAAGUAUACGACGAGUGGAUGAAGAUAUACGCCGCCCAACGAGAUACGGCGCCCGACUCCCGGCACAUGCCAACAUCGUCCUACGCUAGAUACGCCGCAAACGAUCCAGCGCUCUCAUGGAGCUAUGCAUCUCCCGCAAGUAUCCUCGAUGCGAGCGACCACCAAGACCUUGCUGUUGAUCUCGCCAAGAAGGAGAUGCGCAGACGAAGGCGGGCAGCAGGCGGGCUAGAAGAAGACGAUUACAGGCGGAGAGUGGCUGGGUAUCGGAAUGACAGGGCGGGCGAGUCGAGUAAACGGUCUGUUCCGGCUCAUAUGGACGACGAUGAACUCCGCAGUCAAAUGGAAGCAACUCGCCGUCAGUUGGAUCGCUCCGACCACUACAGAAGAGACAACGAUGGCCCAGAGGAAUUCGUCCGACCCGCCGUUUAUUACUACCCUUCGAUCAGCAAGUCAUCACCUCUGCAAUAUGACCGUCCUUCUUCAAGAGGGGCCGCAGAAGGCCCAAGAAUGCAGCCGCCCCGCCCUCCCAAAGAGUGCCAUGCGGAUAGGUUCCCGGUUCGACCGCCACCUCGACCCGAAAAGGAGCUAUAUCUCGAAGAGUCCUCUCCCGUAUUGCCGCCGCCUCGGCCUGACAAAGAGUUAUUGCCUUCCAAUGCAGUCCAAGACUACAGCACGAUAUGUGAGGAAGCGCCUACUCUUCCCCCAAAAGCGGUGGCCGACCCUGUGAAGCCGAAGAGGGUUACUUUUCGACCAGCUGCCUAUCUGGAGAACGGCGAGCCCAUCCGGCCGGUCUUCCUUCCCAGUACACUGCGGCAGAAGUUCCUGCAGAUCGCAGCAGGCAACACUCGAAAGGGGCUAGAGAUGUGCGGCAUGCUCUGCGGCACGACCGUAAACAACGCGCUCUUCAUCUCGCAUUUGAUCAUCCCCGAACAGAAGUGCACGCCCGACACGUGCGAGACGGAGAACGAGUCGGGCAUGCUUGACUUCUGCAUCAACAACGACCUGAUUGUGAUCGGUUGGAUCCACACCCACCCGACGCAGACCUGCUUCAUGAGUUCGCGCGACCUGCAUACCCAGGCGGGCUACCAGGUCAUGAUGCCUGAGAGUAUCGCGAUUGUGUGUGCACCGCUGUACGACCCUUCAUGGGGCAUCUUCCGCCUGACGAACCCCCCGGGCCUACCGCACAUCCUAUCCUGCCAGCGGACCGAGACCUUCCACCCACACUCGGUUACAAACCUCUACGUCGACGCCGGACAUCCGCAGGGUCACGUUUAUGAAUCGAAGUCUCUGGAGUUUGAGGUGUGCGAUCUACGGCCAGGGCAGUAG